UCCCAUGUCAUGCAUAUUUAGCAACAAGAUACUGUUCUCCCAGAGACUCAGAAAUGGCAUCAAGUCAAUAUAUGACGACAGCAAAGUGUUCACCGUUUACUGGUAUCUGGAAAGAACCAGACAUGUCACAAUGUAACAAUACAGAUUGGAUCACUCAACGACUGAAGGACAUCGUAAUAAGUAUCGAUACAGCAAACUUCGACAAUAUUUCGGAAGAGAUGUUAAAUAUAUCAAAGAAAUCAAUAUAUUUCAAAGAAGUUGAUGUUGACUUGGCUGUAGGCAUUCAUGAGAAAAUGGUGUCAUUGAUACCGAAAGUGUCUGCGAAUAAUACACUUCGGUCCAUAAACAAUUUGAUAAACAUACCAGAGGAGGUUUUGGCUGGAGCUGAACAAGAGAAUAGAAGUGACAACAGAUUGCUGCAUCUUAUACAAGAAAUCCCAGAAAAGAUUCCACUGGAGGAGCAGCAAGUCACAGCUAUCUAUUCUAAUCUUGGUAUUGGUGUUGCCAAAGUGAAAAAUGAUACAUUCGAUGGUCUUUUCUAUGGCGUUUCCUAUGGAACCAAUGGAACAGAACCAAAAACAUGGAUAUACGACUCACCAAAUCCCGACCAACAAGAAGCAGAUGCGAAGAUCAUGGCAUCUAUUUCAUUACCAAGGAGUUUAUUAAAACAUCUGAAAGACGAAGAAAGGUCAUCCGUUUCGCGGAUAACUUUUUUCUCCAUGCGGGACGAUAAGCUAUAUAGGGUAACACAAAACGCUAGUACCAAGCAAAAUGUUAGAAUCAACAGCCAUGUUCUUGCGGCUAACAUUCCUAACAUUUCAGUAUACGACCUUGAAGAACCAGUUAAGAUAUCGUUCAAUAUAUUAGAUCAGAAUGCCACCAACCCACAAUGUGUUUACUGGGAUGAAAGCUCAGGACUGAGUCCCGGGUGGUCAUCAAGAGGUUGUCGAAUAUCCAAACAUGAAUCUGGAAAGGAAAUAGUUUGCUCCUGUGACCAUCUUACAAGUUUUGCCGUACUAAUGAAUGUCUACCAGGCUGAAAGAGAGACAGACAAUGCCUUAUCUAUUAUAUCAAAAACAGGCUGUGCAAUGUCAUUCGUCUGUCUUGUUCUUACAAUAAUAAUUCAUGUUUGUUUCAGAAAACUAUGGGAUUUAAUGAGUUCAAAGGUUUUAGUAAGCCUGUGCUCUUCUUUGGCUGUCACUUAUUUUAUCUUCCUUGUCGGGAUGCAGUCAUACGUACAAACAAUGGCUGGUUGUAAGGCAGUGGCUGUCCUCUUACAUUACUUCCUUCUGACAUCUCUCGCGUGGAUGAGUGUUGAAGCUUUCCAUGUCUUCCUAAGUGUGGUCGUUGUAUUCAAAAGAUAUCAGACGUCUUUUAUGAAGAACAGUUCAAUUUUGGCCUGGGGUAUUCCAGCAGUCAUCGUUAUAAUUACCCUGGCAAUUAACUCCACAAACAAUUACAUCAAAAUCGCAGAGGUCUGUUGGUUAAACAUACCUUCUUUCUUUGCUGCUUUCCUGACUCCCGUUGUGAUGGUCCUCAUCUUCAACUUUAUCAUGUUCUCUCGUGUGAUAACACGUCUCAUAUCAACGCAAAGAAACAAAAGAUUUGAACACAAAAGAAGAAAAGUGCGUGUUUUGGGCCUGGUUGGUUUGAUGAUUUUGCUUGGAUUCACAUGGGUCUUUGCAUUCUUCGCUGUUAGGGAAGCGACAAAAGUGUUUGAGUAUCUUUUUUCUAUAUUCAAUACCCUUCAAGGAAUGUUUAUCUUCCUAUUUUAUUGUGUGUACAAGAAAGAUACACGUGAUGUCAUCAUAGAGUCCGUGAAUAAACGAAAGAGAGCGAAUCCCAGGAGAGUUGUCGCCGGCAGAAGAUUUGGUAAUGAAAUCGAGGAUAGAAGAGCAGAAACAAACUUCUAAGUGAAAAUUGAAAAAGUGCCUUCAAAAAUCGCCUUCGAUAAUAUUUUACGUCAUAAAAUAAUAUUUUCUCCAUAUAUGAUAUUAAAUAUAAAUGUAUAAUAUUAAAUAUAAAUAAAUACUCUU